CGCAUGCUCAAACAUGCAUAUAUAUAUCUAUAAACAGAAGAGUGGAAUUUGGCGGAUAAGUUUAUCAAUUUUGUUUUAGCUUUUGUAUUUUUUUUAAUUGAAAGCAGAAAACAUGAGGAGACACUGUGGAGCAGACGCUGAGCGAUCACCAGAUGUUGAGGAAGAUGAGGCUAGAUUAGCACAGGCACUAGCUAUCUUGGGGGAAGAGAUCCCACUGCAAGAAAUGCCCCUGCCAGCCGAGGAUGCACCUCAAGAGGCAGCAGCAGAUGAGCAACCUGUUGUUGAGGAUGCGCCUAUAGCUGUUGCACAGCCGGGUGAAAGACCCCCGAUAUUCAAUCCGGCUGGACAACAUGCAAAUGUUGCACCUGAUGAAAUACAGAUUCCAAACGGAAUACCUUAUAUGUUCGAAGACGAAGAUGAACACAAUCGGGGUAAUGCCAGAUGGAGACGGAGUAGGAGGAACGCAUUUAUAUUGGGGGUGGGAACCGGCAUGGUGUUAACUGUGGUGAUUUUCUGGCUCAGGCUAUUCCGGAUGAGGCCUAGACGGCGACACUAGCUCUUUCAAAUUGAUAUGUAUUCAUCUGACAAAUAUUUCUUGCUUUCUAAUUUUACAUUUUAAUUUGGUAUUUUAAUAAAGCAUGCGUAACUUCGAA